CCGGCAAAGUCAAACGGGCCUCGCGCAUGCGUGGAUUCAGACACUGGGUCCACGUCACAUGACCAUUGAGUGACUUCCCAUCAGAAACAUUGAAGGUGCAAGAGGAACGUUUGCAUUGUGUGUCCCUGCCAGGAUUGUACCUAAAUUUGUGGUGAAACAUUUCUUAACAUGACUACCACUUCGGAGAGGAAGUUUAUAAACCUGCGGAAGCGUUUAGAUCAACUUGGCUACAGGCAGCCCCUCGGGAUCGAGACACUUCCAUUGGUGGAAAAGCUUUUCAGUGACUUGGUGCACACAACAGAAAGCCUUCGCAAUGCCAAACUAUCAUCUGGAAAGACGGAAAAAGAGAGCAAGAACUUGGACUCUGUGCUUGAACCAUAUAGAAGCGAGAAUGCACGUCUCGUCCAAGAGAACAACAAGCUGCACCAGGGAUUACUGAAACUCAAGGAAGAGUCAGAUCAACAUAUCAAAGAUUUAAAAUACACAAUUAGAAAAUUGGAGCAUGACACAGCAGAUUUGAAGUUCUUAAAUAACCAGUAUGUGCACAAAGUGCGAUCUCUAGAGAAGGAGAGUAAAGCAAAGACUGAAAAGAUCCAGCAAUUACAAGAGAAAAACCUGCAAGCAGUUGUACAAACUCCAGGUGGUAGAAAACGCACCAUCCCAUUUCGCCGACAGCGAAUGCAAAUUGAUCAGCCAAUUCCUCCAUCUGGAAUUGCAUCAGCACCACAAAUCCAUAUGGAAGAUCCUUAUUUUAUGGACCUCUUGAGUGUGGCUGAUAAUAGAAUACUGGAUCUGCAAGCUACAGUUGAUGAGCUGAAGAAUGAACUAGAAAAAUCAGAUCGUGGGAUGAGAAAAUUCCGGAGGCAGAUUGAAGCAAGAGAUGAGGAAAUAGAACGCUUGAACCGAACUCUAGAAGGUGGUCGGCCUCAUGAUGUUAUUUCUCUUGAAGCCAAAAGCAAAAGUAAUGAGCGUCUUAUAGCACACUUAAACCUACAGGUCGAAUAUCUUCAGCGAACUAACUGUGAUCUGGAAAAGCAGUUGAAGGAGCUCCUGGAGAAGAAGAGUGAUGCAGCAAAUGAGGUUGUAAACCUGAGCACCAAAAAUGAGCACUUAUGCAAUGAAUUGAAUGAGAUCGACCAUUUGGCACAGCAGUUGGAGAGGGACAAAGAGAUUGCACUCGAAAUUGCAGAUAAAGAAAUUCAAGAAGCAAAGGAUGAAAUCCAGAAACAGCACAAAGAAUUGGAAGGAUUUGAAGAAACAAUUGCUAGGCUAACCAAAGAAUUGACUGCAACACAUGUUGACAACACCAAGCUUCAAGAAGAGUUGCAGUGUAAAGUGGAAGAGAAUACAACUCUCAAUGAUUUGUUAAAUCAAGUAAAACAGGAAAAGCAGAGGCUGGUUGAACGAGUUGAUAAGCAAAUAGCAACAGAGCGAGACAUUGUGUUGGAAUUGGAAAGAAUGCGAACACAGCAUGGUGUUCUGAAAGGGGACACAUCGCCGUCUCGUCUGGAUAAAUUUGUAAAGACUUUGGAGGAAGAAAGGGAUUAUUACAAAGGUGAAGUGGAAUAUCUGCAGGAUAUGGUAUCUGGAAGAGCCAGCCCAGUCUGUUCUCCAAGACGUGGCCGGAGUCCAACACGAAUUUCACCUGUGAAGAGUAGUAGCCUCAGCUCUGAGCUGUUACAGGCAAUCAGAGAACGGGAUGAAUUACAAUCAGUGCUAGAUAAAUUUGAGCGACACAUGGCAGAAAUCCAAUCAAAUGUCAAGAUGGUGACGGCAGAAAGAGACAAAUUGCUUAUGAUUUAUGAACAGAAUCAAGAUGAGUUGAACAAAUUAAAAAAGGAAGUGCUAAUAUCACCAAUCUGCCAAAUGCGUAUAGAAGAAGAAAGAGAUGAAGCUAAAGCAGAACUGAAAAGAAUGGCAGCCGAGAAAGAAAAUUUGAGAGAGAGAAUGAAGGGCAUCCUUGAAACAGCUGACCUUAACACAAAACAGAUGGAACAGAAGAUAUCACAGUUAGAAACUAAAACGGGUGAACUUGAUAAUGAAUGCUUCACCCUCAGGAAGAAAUUAGCAACACAAAAGGAAGACGUAGCAGCACUUGAAGAUAAGACCAAGUGUCAGUCACAAAAACUGUUGCAGGCCAGUGACAAUGUUGCUCAGCAGAAGGCAGAGCUGAAUUCAGUUAGGUUGCUGAAUGAACACCUGGAGAAGUCUCUUGCAGACACACAGCAUCGGUUGGCUACAAAAGCGAAAGAAAUUCAAACAUUUCAAGACCGAAUUGCCAGACAUGAGGAAAGACUAGGCGAGUUCAAUAGACAGAAUUCUGCUCAACGGGAAGAAAUCAACUUAUUAAAAACUACAAUAUCUGCUCUAGACCAGGAAAAGGAUUGCCUGCAGGAAGCUGUGGAUGACAAAACCGAAAAAAUUGCUACUUUAGAAGAUAACCUUGCCAACCGGGAAAAGGCCAUAACUAAUAUGAAAAUUACAGUGACUGAGCUAGAAUCUGCACUGGACCUUUUGAAUGACACACUAAGUAACCGAGACCGGGAAAUAAUUUCCUUACGUCGACAGCUAGAUUCCAUUCAUAAGGAAUCAGAGGAAUUAGAACAGACUCGAGAUGAUGCUUUUAAAGAAAAUCGUUGUUUACAAGAUGACUUGGCUCAAAUGACGAGGGAAAAUCAGGCAAUCAACAAUGAGCUAGGACAAGCUUUGCAUGAAAAGGAUGAAUUCAAAUCAAGAGUGCAUAGCUACAUCAAUGAGGUGGCAAGAAUAGAAAGCUUAAUGGUUGCCAAGGAACAAGAACUCCAUCAUAUGCUGGAGCAAUUCCGAAUGGCAAGUAAUCAGGCUGAGAACUGGGAGCACAAGGCCCAUCAGGCAGAAGGAGAGAGCAGUUCAAUUCGACUGGAGCUCCUGUCUGUAGACACAGAAAGACGGCAUCUUGAGGAAAAAGUGGUCAAGCUUGAAAAGGAAAUAGAAGAGCACCUAUCUGCCCAGCAAGUAUAUGAGAAGGAGAUUUCCUGUACUGCUAAAAGCAUGACCAAACUGGAGGAAGAGUUACGACAGACACAGGCUGAGAAAUGCCAUGUUUUAGGGGACCUGGCUUCAGUCAGAGAACUGUGCGCCCAGCUGGAUUCUAAUAAGGAAUUGUUGUUGCGGCAGCUUGCUUCUAAGAAUAUGGAGCAUGAAAGGGCCUUAAGUGAACUAGAAGAUGUGAAGUCUGAAGUCGAGCUUUUAAAGAAACAGAUGUGUACUGAACGGGUCACGGUAAAGAACCUUGAGACGUUAUUGACAUCAACUCGAGAAAAGGAAUUUCAGUGCCACCUGACAAAGAAUGAAAAAGAGUCAGAAAUACAGCUUCUUGGGGACAAGCUGACUCUAGCGGAGAGCAAAGUAUCAAGCCAGAAUCGAGAAAUAGUUCAGCUUCGUGCUAAGUCUUCACAGCUUCAAACAGAGCUUGAUCUUAUCAAACGUCAACUAACGACAGAACGUUUUGAAAGAGAGCGUGCAAUUCAGGAGAUGCGCCGCCAUGGCCUUUCGACUACCAUCAGCUCUUUGUCCCCACUCAGAACAUCAGUGAGCCCUGUUUCCCAUUCCCGGGAUAUGUGCUCCCCUAAAAAAGUAUCCGAAUGUUCUACUGAUUGUUAAAUGACAAUUUUGGAAGUUUGCUUUAAGGAGUAUACUUCACUCAAGCCGGUUUCACAAAUGGAGCCACAGGUCUCAACAAAAGAGCAUUUCGGAAGUUGCAUGCUGAAUCUUUUACAGUACUUCUUCAGUCUUUGCAGAAUUUUAAAGCAAAGGAAACUUAAGUUCAAGACAUUUUUUUUAAUUACAUUUCUAGUCAUGGAGUGGACUAUGACAACUCAAUUCAUUGACAGGUCGAUGUCCUACUCCACACAUUUGUCAGCUUGUUUAACAUUUUAGUUUUAUUAAAAAGAUCAGCAUUUUGCCCUUUUGUUCAUAUAGCAUCUAGCCCACAUUUACCUAGGUUUGACAUCCUACAAUACACUGCUUAUUUAAAAAAAAACUUAUUGGGCUUAUUAAAAGCCCAAUCACAUUCUUUUCUCUAAUGUAUGAUGCAAAAGCAACAAGAUUUCAAGUCCCUUUGAAACUUUCUAAUGACUGCGCUGCAUUACAGUGUAGAUUGCUUUUGAUCAAUUUUCAAAUAGAUUUUCUUUUAAAAUCCUCAUGGAACGCAUAUUCAUAAUCAUACAUAUUUACUUACCUGAACGUACAUGAUUUCACUAGAUCAAAUAGACUAUAUUAACAUAAUGACAGGUGAGCCAUAAAACAGAAGAGUUUUUUUCUGCUCUGGUAAAGUUGCAAGAUAAUAUAUAAAACAAAUAGAAAGCAAGAACAUGCCUCCUUUAAGUAUGUGAAUUAAAAUUUACUAAAUUUUUGAAUCUGGAUAUGGUAUUAUAAAUUUUAAUUUUUCUGCCUACUUUCUUAAACAGAAAUUAACAAAGUGGGGCACUGAGAUUCUCAAAUAAGCUGUUGUAAUGCCCAUCUUGUGCUGUAAAUUCCUGUAAUGUACUGUCAGCGUUUGAGAAGAUAUUUUUAUUCUGUAAAGAUAUUUUUAUAUUGAAUUAGGUUUUCAAUUUUAUAUCUUAACUUAUUUAUUGAUAUGUUUGCUGUCAGUAACCGUGAUGAGUAUUUUUUGCUGCCGGCUCCUAAGUCACCUCAUUAUUAAUAACUGUCAUUGUUCUGCCAUUUCACAGUUAGCCAUACAAUGUAAACCAAGUUUCACCAUCUUGAACAUUUUCUUGAGGCAUAACUAUAGUGAAGUAGGUAUACAACUUGUUUAAUAUCUGCAAAGGAGUUUCUUGGGCUGGAUACAUCUGAUGUUUCAACAUAAACUAUUGAGAAAUGAGUAUUGAUUUAUUGAGAUUAAUUCAUAAAUAUAUAAUUUUUAAAUGGCAAUGUUACAUUCCUUGAUCAAGUAUGUUUUGCUAAUAAUUCCUAAUGCCAUAGAGAGCCCAUUGGAAUGAAAUAACUGAAAUGGAGGUCACUGAUUUAAAAACUGAUGGUUUUUCCAUUAAAGUAUUAAAAUCAAAUCUUAUGUUCACAUUACCUAUUACCAAGUUUAAUGUAGUCCUAAUGCCAUAUAAUAUGAGUGCUUCAAAUCUUGUACAGCUGUUUGAUGUAAUUCCAAAUUGAUGUUUGUGACAAUGGUAGAAAUUAACUGAUAAGCAGAAGUUUGUUUUCUUGAUGCAGACCAAUAAAACUUAUUUAAUAUUCCAAAUUUGGUACCACGUAAAAGUAUCUUCAGUAUAUUCUUUGUAACAAAAAGCAACUUUAGGUAUGUCUAUAGUUUUUUAAUACUGAAUGCAUGCCCAAUUUUUGGAGGUUUUUUGCCAAUUGUAAUUAAUCUAGCAUCUAUUUAUAAGAAAUUUAAUAAAAAUUGAGAUUCUUAUACUGUU